AUGGAUCGUAUAGGAUCACAAAUUAGGAACGGAAGUGAAGACGCCCUAGAUAUAUUGAAGAAAAGUCCGAUUUUCGAGUUUCUGGACAAACAGAAUCAAACAUCAAUUUCAGUGGAGCUCACAUUUCACCAGCCAGGUACACUUAAAAGAUGGAGUUGUCCAUCAGUAUGCAGAGAAAUGAUUAACGUUGGUAAUUCCAAUAUUGAGUAG